UUGCCCAGCCGUCCGCAAAGCAUUCAUUAUAAGUUUUUUAAGGAAAUAUUUUGAUAAAUUUAUUAGUGAAACAUCCAAAUAUGAAGGAAGACAGUGAGCUAAUUUUGGAGAGUGAAGUGAAGUCAAAUUCAUGGAAGAUUCGUCCAUGUCACAUCUAUAAGGAAGAAUACAAGGAUUGCAAGAGCAUAAAGGCACGAUUCCAGCAAUAUUUCGUGACUGGUGACAUUUUGGAUUGUUCAAGUUGGGCACAUGACUUAAAUGAUUGUAUCAAUUUUGAGGAUAAAGGUGAUUACAGUGCUGGAAAACGUGUAAUUGACAAUGAGGAUGAUAGACGAUCAGAACGAAUGAAAGGUCACACAGACAACGAUGUUUGGAGGAAGAGGAAGCAACCGCCAGAAGAUUGGAAUAAGCCAUUGCCAGAAUACAUCUCCAAGCGAUAUGAAAACAGCUAUUUAGAACUCAAAAACCGCGAGAUGAAGGGUGAAUCUGCACCAGAAACAUCAAUUCGGGAACCAGUUUAUUGCACAAUCAUGUAAGAAUAAAAAGAAGGAAUGAAAAUGGCAUUGAGAUUGAUUCUCGUCUACUUCAUGCUAUUUUAUUAACCAAUAUUCUUGAUGUUCAUAUUACAAUAAUAAUAAUAUUAAUAAUAAUAAUGUU